GGAACAUUACUCAUCCGGGUAUUUUAAUCGUUCCGAGAGGCGCAGCGGGGUCAGAUCAACGUAUAUCGAAUCCAUCUGCCCCUCACUUCACCCCUCUUCCACAAACCCAACCAAGUACACAAUUUAUCUCUCGCUCCAUUUACCUCCAUCAUGCCCGUCCGCGUCUUCAUUCACGCAUAUCGCAAGCCCGGACUUUCCCUGGCCACCUUCCGCGAACGCUACGAUGCCCACAUCGAACUAGUCAAGCGUAUUUCCACCGAUCUCUUCCCCAUCUCCCACAAGCGCACCUACAUCGCGCGCACCACCCUUGAUACACCCGCUGCCGAUGCCACUUCUCGCAACGCCACCACCCCGGCUACUGUCCUCGUUGGCCAGCAAUCCGAUUUCGAUUUCGACGCUUACGCCGAGCUGACCUUUGCCGAUCAGGCCGCCUUCCAGGCUUUCAUGGCCAGGGUGACGGCUCCCGACGCGGCGGCCCAGAUUGCUGCCGAUGAGGAAACCUUUUUAGAUCGGUCCAAGUUGAGCAUUGCAAUGCUGGGUGACGUGGUGGAGACAAUCAAUUAAGACUGAGAUAGAAUGGUCGGAGUUUGUGUCUGAUAUCAUGUGUUUUGCGGUUAAGAAAAUUCUUGGUGGA